GUAAUUGUCAAUACCAUUUCUCGUUGACGAACAACCACUGUAUCGAUCGAAUCAAUGGCAUCCAUGUACUGCCUCAGCCAGUAAGCAUCCUCUAUAAUACACUAAAAGAAAUUUAUUUGUAUCGCAUGCAAGGAGAAAAUUAAUUCCCGUCAAAACUGUAUAUUAUCGUCAUGUCAUGUAACCAUGACGACACAUAGAGACUUUACCACAAUGGCUGAUAAUACGGUACCCGGAAUAAGACUUGGAAAUGGUGUAAUUAAAAAAACAAUGCAGCAAUGUCUGUAACGUCUAUAGAACUUCAACUGGAAAGUGAAAAUUUGGUAUAUUUCUCUGGACAGCGUGUUAAAGGAGCAUUAGUUUUACAAAUUGGUCUACCCGUUAUUAUAGCAGGGGUGGAGGUGCGUUUCCGUGGAGCAGCACGCGCAAAAUGGCGAGAAACAGUUCAAAAUGGUACACAUCGAACAGAUAUAGAACACGAAAAAGAGGAAAUAUAUUUUGAUGAUCGCUUUUGUUUAUGGGGAAAAGUGAAUCAUACAAAUAGAUGGGAGGGACGUGAGGUGCUACAAAGAGGUCGUCAUAUGUUUCCGUUCCAGUAUAAAGUACCCGAAUGUGUUCCAUGUUCAUUUGAAGGUCCGGAUGCUCAUAUUCGGUAUAGUGUCCAGGGAAUUAUCAUACGAUACAAUGGAGAGUGCAUUAGUUCACAAAGAAUUAUUAACGUGCUCAGAGAAUACGACCCUAGAAGAGAACCUAAGGACUCGGCAGCUAAUUCAUCACCUCAUCGGUUGGAAGAUCAUGCUGAAAGGUCAGUUAGCACUCUUUGUUGUCGUCCAGGGAGAGUUUCAUGUACUCUUUCUUUACCGAAGCGUGCCUGUGUUCCGGGUGAAAUUCUCAGAGCCGAAAUACUCGUUCACAACAUGUCCAUAAGAAAAUCUGGUGCUGUUAGUUUACAAUUAAAACAGAUAAUUACCUACGGUGGAGUCCAAACGAAAAUACUUCUACUGAAAGAGUAUAAAGUUUGUGAUGGACUUAGACCUGGUCAACAUCGACAAUGGAAGGAAUAUCCACUUCGUGUUCCACCUCUAUGUCCGUCGAGACUACAUAUGUGUAAAGUCUUAGAUGUUAGAUAUUGUAUAUCAGUAGAAGCAACUUUCGCUGAUAUUAUUUUAUAUUCUGCGGUGCCAAUCAUCAUAGCGACGAUUCCUGAUAAUUAUUUAGAAUUUUCUAAGUGGUCUUAUAAAGUUAGUACGCCUUCUUUAAUGAUGGACGAUACAUUGACAGACUGUUAUAUUUAUGGAUGUACAAGAACUGAAUCCGAAGAAGACGAAUUUAAGCCAAAAUAUAAAUACUUCGAGAAUAUACGAGACCUGAGUAGAGACAAAGAUAUAAUAGUGAAAUUUAGGUACAGUCCCAGUUUGAAAAGAAGAAAUAAGGAAAAAGAAAAGAAACAAGAAUUGGCGAGACCAACCGUUAAGUUGAAAUCUGAAGAAAUUACGUCAUCAUCAUUAGCAUGAUAUAUGUUUAGAAGAGAGCUAUACAUAUUCUACGUUGUUCCAAAUACAUUCCACGAUUGACUUGGAAGAGAUUAUCAUUUUCAGCAAACAUGCAGAAUAUUAAUUCAUUCCAUAAUAUAAGAAAUAUAUAUAUAAAAGUGGUGUGGCCAGUAUCAUGAUUAGAUACAGUAUUCUUUACGUCUGUUUUCUAUACGCAUGAUUACUAGACUUUGAUUAUAAUUGGCUGUAAACUUUAGAAAAACCUUUGUGCCUGUAGUUAAACAAAACUAGUGAAUACAGGCUGAUCUUUGGCGUAAAACAACUUUGAUAAGUAAUAUCUUUAUUACAUUAUUUUAUGUAUUUAAUUCCAUGCCUUUCUAGAAUAUACGCAUACAGCAUUAUUGAGUAUCAAAAUAUCCAUGCGCAUACUAACAAAUCAUAUGCAGCUAAUUUUACAACUUUAAAGUACACAACGAAGUUGUAAUACUAUGAAACUGUCCUUUUAAGCGUUUUCCCUUAUGAAAUAUGUCCAAUCUUGGCAUACUAUUUGAAUAAAUAAAUUUCUAUAUUUUAACUAAGAUUUGAAAAGUCUUUUGAAGAUAAAUAUAAAAACAACACUACGUCAUUGUUUAUGAGCUUUGUAAAUUGAACUUGCGUUAUUAAAGAUAGAGCAAAUGAUACUUAUAAUUCAAAAUUGUGUACGAAAUAUCAACAAUAUAUGAUAUUCGUCCAUAAAAAGUAUGAUUUUUUUUCAGUAAACGUUUAACAAACAUUAGUCAUUCAACAGUAAUCUAAUAUGAAAUGAUAAAUUAUAAUGUAAAAAGACCAUUUGUUUUUAUGUAACCAUUGAAUCGUCGCACAAGUUUUAUUUUGAUCGCUGGCGAUCUGCGACGAUUUGUCUGAAAAAAAAAUAUAAAAACUUCAUAAACAAACAUUUUAACUAAAUAUAUUAUAAUACCAUAGAUCAAAACCAAAACCAAAAACCACGAAUUUUUUUUCAUCACCGUUCUGAUCAACUGAAAAGGACAGUCAUAAAUUAAAGGAACAUGUAUAUAUUUAAAAACAUAAAGUCGAAAAGUAAACAAUUAAAUACCAUCAACACUAAGAAGACGAAACAUAGAUUUUGGAGCACAAAACCAUACAACUCAGCUUAGUUACAAAGUAUUUCACAAUUUCACUGUUAAUAGUAGAAAGCCGGUGUUAAUUGCAUGAACGUUUUCUUAUUUCCACAUACAACGUAUGUACCAGUUAAUUAUUUUUUUUUUUUUUUUUUGGGGUGCAACAUAUUGAAAUAUUAUUUUAUUUCAUGGUAAUGUUAUAAGACAUUCGAAAAUGUUAAAAGGAAUGUUUUCAGUUACAAGUCAGUUAAGUCACAUACAAGUUAGCAGUAACUGAUAAUGAGUCAUUCCUGGAUUUGAUUGGUAAUUGAUAAAGUAUAUAAACGAUUGUAUAAAGUCCCAAACUGGUGACGUAAAAUAAUCUCUUUUUUUGCACUAAAAACCAAUUUUAUGCUUGCUGUUUUUAGUAUCAACGUUUUAAUUCUUUACAGUUUAAGAGACACUGAAAACAAUGUCAUGUAACAUCUUAGAUGAUUGAUUGAUUGUUGGUUGCUUUACGCCGCAUUAGCACACCAAGGCUAUAUCGUGGCGAAAGCUAAUUCGAAUAAUUUUUUUUUGCAAUUCAAAGCAUAUUCUUAAAAACAGACAAAAGGUCCUUUAUUAACCUAAAACUCUAGAUUAAAGCAAAUUGAUUAUUUACAAAUAAAAAUGAACAGAAAGAUAACGUGAUAAAAAUUAAAAUCGUUUUAAAUAUAACAACUUUUUUAUAUAUGAUAAUAUAUUCCAACUUCUUUUAAGAAUGAAACAAUAUUUGUAAAUGGAACAUUAUUAAAAAAAAUCAUACAUAUUAUUGACAUUGAAAUGCUUCCUACGAAUAUCAGCAAAGUCAAUACAAUUAGUUAAAACAUGUUUAGUGGUAUACUUGCAGUUACAAGGUAUACACUGUGGUAACAUCUUAGACAAUGUCACCGAAAAUAUACGAUCAUUGAAAUGUAACAACUGGUUUUUUUCUAUGUUUUAUGCCUUAUGUGUAUAAUUAAUUUUUAAUUAAGAUACAUUUUCCGGUUAUAGGUUUAUACAAUUUUAUCUGUAAAGAGAAUUUUAUCUGUAUGAGAUUGUCUAACAAAAUGUAUAAUCUAACAGUAACAGAUUUUUUUAUUUUGAAUGUUGCGAUGGUGAUCUAAUUAUAGUACAACUAUUACCAAAAACUAAACUGAAGUGAUCAAAAUAAUAAAAUAUUAAUAUGAUUUU